AGCAAAUAUUAAAUUAAAUUGUUCAAAAUUUAUUGUGAAUAUCCAGAAAAUCGCUUUCGAAAUUUUUAUCCAAGAAAAAGAGGCAGCUUUCUAAAUUUGCAUGGAUUUCUAUAGAUUUUUGUGUAUUUAAUUUGAGUAAUCUCCUUGGGUGUUUAAUUAAAUUUAAAUAUGCACAGGGUGAAGAAAUUACCUCGUCUGUUCUUUUGCGAAGGUUCCUAACUUCAUGUGGCGAGGGAAGACCAAGCCCACAAGGAACAGGGACAGACGCCAUUGACGAAUUUUCUGAGCUUUGAUUAAUCUUCCCGAGUCCGAAAGCUUUUUCGCGAAUGACCCAUUAACCCGUUAUAGUUCUGCGUCGUUUUUUCGUUUUAAACAUCCUUUACCGUUGAAAUUUUUUGUUCGCAUUUUGGCACCAAAGCCAGUUUCUAGUUUCUACAAUAGUUUAUUUAUUUUUUUCCUGGGAAGGUAGGGGCAUGAGAAAAUUCUCUCAUGCGCGUCUGUGUCCGGACGCAUCGAAGUCAAAAUGCGAGAUCUAAGUCUGCGUUCAAAGCUUCCAGGCCGUACCAUCUCUAACAUAAAAAUCGAUUAGCAGAUGUAUCCUCUCCUUAUAUUUGAUAGGCCUAGCUCCUCUGAAUUUGAAAAUAUUUCAGAAUUUCAGGACGUGGGUAUAGUUGAUUUUGAGGUGUUUGUUUCUCGAUAUUCUUUCUUCUCGAGUACAGAUUCAGUAGGUCUAAAGUUUUCUAUAUUCAGAGGUUGUUCGCAGGUAGUCCCUAUUGUCUGUUUUGGGCUAAAUUUGCGUCCUCCCUUCUUCCUUUUCUUUGCUUUAUUACUGCUAAGAGACUUCCUGUUAUUUGUUCCUUCAACCAUUUCUGCUGAAGUUUAUCGUUUUUCUUCCCUUCUUUCUGCAAAUUAUACUUUUCUGGGUUUUUGAGCUUUUGGCUUGGAGCCUUUUCUCAUUUCUGGGGUUCUGGUUUUUGAAAUUAGUGAGUUUUUAAAAAUAUAUUUGUGUUUUUGGGAGGGCUUUGGUUGUAGGUGGUUUUUCUUGAAGGGGCUGCUUGAUUCAUCCGUGAGAUUUGCCAUUGGAAGGAGCAAAUUUUUUGUUCUUGUUAAGGGGUUUCUCUCUGUUUUGGAAUUGGGGUUAGCUAGAGCUGGUUGAGAUGAGGAGCAGAAACAGAAUGAAUGGCGCCAGAAGAAAGAAGCUGCAUUUCAGCAAGAUCUACUCAUUCCACUGUGGGAAAGCAUCCUUCAAGGAUGAUCAUUCUCAAAUUGGAGGGCCAGGUUUCUCCAGGGUGGUAUUCUGCAACGAACCGGAUUCUUUCGAAGCCAGAAAUCGUAAUUAUGUAGGCAAUUAUGUUAGGACUACCAAGUAUACGCUUGCAACAUUUUUGCCCAAGUCCUUGUUUGAGCAGUUUAGAAGGAUUGCAAAUUUCUACUUCCUCAUCACUGGCUGUUUGGCCUUCACCCCGCUUGCUCCUUAUACUGCCAUUAGUGCCAUUCUCCCUUUAAUUAUCGUAAUUGGGGCGUCCAUGGUGAAAGAGUGCGUUGAAGAUUGGCGGCGCAAACAGCAGGAUAUUGAGAUGAAUAAUAGAAAGGUUGAAGUACAUUGUGGUGAUGGAACUUUUGAUCAUACUGAAUGGAAGAAUCUCAGAGUGGGCGAUAUAGUGAAGGUGGAGAAAGAUGACUUCUUCCCAGCAGAUCUCGUUUUACUUUCAUCUAGUUAUGAUGAUGCUGUCUGCUAUGUUGAGACCAUGAACCUUGACGGGGAGACAAAUUUGAAACUAAAACAGGCCCUGGAGUUGACUUCGUUCUUGCAUGAGGAUUCUGACUUCCAAGAAUUUAGGGCUUUUGUUAAAUGUGAAGAUCCAAAUGCCAAUUUGUACUCUUUUAUUGGAAGUAUGGAGUUUGAAGAACAACAAAUUCCCCUUACUCCUCAGCAACUUCUCCUUCGAGACUCCAAACUCAGAAAUACAGAGUACAUAUAUGGGGCUGUUAUCUUCACUGGUCAUGACACAAAAGUUAUUCAAAAUUCUACUGAUCCUCCAUCGAAGAGAAGCAGAAUUGAGAAGCAGAUGGAUCGUAUUAUUUAUUUCAUGUUUGGUGUUGUAUUUUUAAUUGCAUUUGUUGGAUCUAUUUUCUUUGGUAUUGCUACUAGAGAUGACCUAAAACAUGGGAGGAUGAAAAGAUGGUAUCUUAGACCAGACAGCACUAAAGUUUUCUAUGAUCCUGAUAGAGCACCGCUGGCAGCAAUUCUUCACUUUCUGACAGCAUUAAUGUUAUAUAGUUAUUUCAUCCCAAUCUCCUUGUAUGUUUCGAUAGAAAUUGUCAAAGUUCUUCAAAGUGUCUUCAUCAAUCAAGAUGUUCACAUGUACUAUGAAGAAGCUGAUAAACCAGCGCAUGCCCGCACCUCAAACUUGAAUGAGGAACUUGGCCAAGUUGACACAAUACUUUCUGACAAAACUGGAACUUUGACCUGUAACUCAAUGGAGUUCAUCAAGUGUUCUGUGGCUGGUACUGCUUAUGGCCGUGGUGUAACAGAGGUUGAGAGAGUUAUGGCCAGAAGAAACGGUUCACCAUUGGUUCGUGAAAUGGUAAAUGAUGGGAAACAAGAUGAUCCUGCUGAUUCAAAAUCGUCGCCCAUUAAAGGUUUCAAUUUUGCUGAUGAAAGGAUCAUGAAUGGAAACUGGGUUAAUGAGCCUCAUUCAAAUGUCAUCCAGAAAUUUUUACGUUUGUUGGCAAUUUGUCAUACAGCCAUACCUGAAAUUGAUGAUGACACUGGUAAGGUUUCAUAUGAAGCUGAAUCACCAGAUGAAGCGGCUUUCGUGAUUGCAGCUAGAGAACUUGGCUUUGCAUUUUAUAAAAGAACACAAACAAGCAUCUCAGUGCAUGAGUUGGACCCAAUGUCUGGGAACAAAGUUGAGAGAGUGUAUGAGCUUUUGAAUGUCCUAGAGUUCAACAGCUCCCGAAAACGCAUGUCUGUGAUAGUGAGGAAUGCUGAGGGGAAACUACUAAUUCUUUGUAAAGGUGCUGAUAGUGUCAUGUUUGAAAGGCUUGCUAAGGAUGGAAGGGAGUUUGAAGAGCAGACAAGAGCGCAUGUGAAUGAAUAUGCUGAUGCGGGUUUGAGGACCUUGAUACUUGCUUAUCGUGAACUUAAUGAGGAUGAAUACAAAGAUUUCAAUGAGAAAUUCUCUGAGGCCAAGAACUCAGUUAGUGCUGAUAGGGAAACAUUAAUUGAUGAAGUGACAGAGAAAAUUGAGAGAGAUUUGAUUCUUCUUGGUGCAACAGCUGUCGAGGACAAACUCCAAAAUGGGGUUCCAGAGUGCAUUGACAGACUUGCCCAAGCAGGAAUAAAGAUAUGGGUUUUGACUGGGGAUAAGAUGGAGACAGCCAUUAAUAUUGGUUUUGCAUGUAGUUUGCUUAGACGAGGGAUGAAGCAGAUAAUAAUCAAUUUGGAGACUCCAGAAAUCAAAGCAUUGGAGAAAAUGGGAGAAAAGGCAGCCAUCACCAAGGCUUCAAAGGAAAGCGUUCUCCAUCAGAUAACUCAAGGGAAAGCUCAGCUUACAGCAUCAGGUGGAAGUUCUGAGGCAUUUGCUUUGAUAAUUGAUGGGAAAUCACUUGCAUAUGCCUUAGAGGAUGAUAUGAAGGACAUGUUUCUGAAGCUUGCAAUUGGCUGCGCUUCUGUAAUAUGCUGUCGAUCAUCACCAAAACAGAAGGCAUUGGUCACUAGACUGGUUAAAACUGGAACCAGGAAGACAACAUUGGCAAUUGGUGAUGGUGCGAAUGAUGUGGGAAUGCUUCAGGAAGCAGAUAUUGGGAUUGGAAUUAGUGGUGUUGAGGGGAUGCAGGCAGUAAUGUCAAGUGAUAUUGCAAUUGCUCAAUUCCGAUAUUUGGAGCGUUUGCUCCUUGUGCACGGACAUUGGUGUUACAGAAGGAUCUCAUCAAUGAUAUGCUACUUCUUCUAUAAAAAUAUCACAUUUGGUUUCACCAUCUUCUUAUACGAGAUCUAUGCUUCAUUCUCUGGUCAACCUGCAUACAAUGAUUGGUUUUUGUCACUCUACAAUGUCUUCUUCACAUCACUUCCUGUGAUCGCCAUGGGGGUUUUUGAUCAAGAUGUAUCAGCACGGUUUUGUCUCAAGUUUCCGCUACUGUACCAAGAAGGAGUGCAAAAUGUUCUAUUCAGUUGGGUCCGUAUAUUCAGCUGGAUGUUAAAUGGGGUUUACAGCGCCAUCAUUGUCUUCUUUUUCUGCACAAAGGCACUGGAACACCAAGCCUUCAAUGAGGAUGGAAAAACUGUGGGGUUGGAAAUAUUGGGGACGACAAUGUAUAAUUGUGUUGUGUGGGUCGUAAACUGCCAGAUGGCACUUUCUGUUAGUUAUUUCACCUUCAUACAUCAUCUUUUCAUAUGGGGUGGAAUUGCGCUCUGGUACCUUUUCCUCUUGGCAUAUGGAGCCGUAUCUUCCACCAUUUCUACCACUGCUUACAAAGUCUUCGUUGAAUGCCUCGCCCCUGCCCCUUCCUUUUGGUUCGUCACUCUCUUUGUGGUGAUCUCUGCACUAGUCCCAUACUUCUCAUACUCUGCAAUUCAGAUGCGGUUCUUUCCCAUGUACCAUGGAAUGAUCCAAUGGAUACGGCAUGAAGGGCAUUCUGACGACCCUGAAUACUGCCACAUGGUGCGCCAGAGAUCGUUGCGGCCAACAACUGUGGGCUAUACAGCACGAGUAGCAGCAAGAAGCUGACUGUAAAAUAUACAGGAUUCAGACCCUACAUGAUAUUGCAGAUUCAUGCUUGGACGGUUAGCUGUCGAAGAAUGUAGGCUGUAGAUAUCUGCUAAAGAACUGGAAUUCUGCCCAUCGAUGGAAGGAUCUGUAUUUUUAGCUCUAAUCAACUUAUAUGGUAUGCCCCAUAAGAAUAUAUACUUGCAAGGGGACAAUGUACAGAGGCAUGCUUCAGUUGUACCAUAAGUUCGAUAGGUAGGAAGAGGCCCUAAUUAUUGUAAAUUUUGAUUCUUGGCUACAAGAGGCUUUAUGCCCUUUUCCUUUAUAUUUCUUUUUUCAAUAGCACAUCUUGUGUUAUUGCCGAAAUGUAUGUAAUACAGAAGUGAGGAAAUGUAUUUAUAGUUAUCAGUAGUUUUGCUUUGUUUAAUAAGAUGGGCCUUCCUAUGGUUACUCUUUC